AUUUUAGUCUCCAAUCUCAUGAAAAUCCAGAUCAGAGCCUUGUAGUCUAUGUUACUUGAAACCUCAAACUAUCUCAAAAGUCAACUAUCUGUGCUGUUCAUUUGAUGAGACCAUGUCUUUGGGGGUAGUGAAGCCGUAAACGUUUGUGCAUAUCCCAUUCUGUUAUAUAUACAUAUGUCUCUUCAGAUCAUUUAAGAACAACAAAAGAGAAAGAAAAGAAAGCUAUAGAGACAAGGACCUCGCGGUACGGUGAAAAAUGAAGUUGUUUGAUGCUCACUGUCACCUUCAAGACAAGAGAGUCAUAGACAAAGCUCCUGAACUUAUAGCUGCUGCUUUAGCUGUAGGUGUUACCAAUUUCGCAGUCAAUGGAACCUCUGAGAAAGAUUGGGACUUGGUAAAAGAGAUGGGAGAGAUGUAUCCUUCUGUGAUUCCUUGCUUUGGACUUCAUCCUUGGUUUAUUGCAGAUAGGAGUCCUCAUUGGCUUAACACAUUGAGGAAGUUCUUUGAGACAACUCCUACGGCUGCUGUUGGAGAGAUUGGUUUGGACAAAAGUCCCUUAGCAGCAGGCAUUGAUUACUCAGACCAGCUUGUCGUGUUUCGGCCUCAGCUUGAACUUGCCAAAGAACUUAACAAACCUGUAGCCGUUCAUUGCAUCGAUGCAUUCGAUGAUCUGCUCGAGAUAAUGAGAUCCGUAGGGCCUUUUCCAGCUGGUGUGAUUCUUCAUUCAUUCAAUGGUACAGCCGAAGUUGUUCCUGAACUUGCUGAGCUUGGUGCAUACUUCUCCUUAUCUGGCUGGUUCACUUACAUUGAUGAGAAAAUCGCAAAGAACACUUUGAAAUCGAUUCCUUGCGAUAGGCUCUUGUUAGAGACAGAUUCACCUGAUGCGCUACCAAAAUCUGAUGAGAGCUCUUCGGAUCCAGAACCAACUCUUAAUGACCCUGCAAACAUUGUUGCUGUACUAGAAUAUGUUGCGAACAUGUCUAGCAUGAAGAAAGAAGACCUCGCUGAGUUAACUUAUGGAAACACUGUAAGGUUGUUCUCUUAUCCAGGUUCUAAAUUGCUUGAAGCCCAAUAAAUUGUGUGUCUCUACAACAUCAUCUCUUGUCUAAGAGACAAAGAACACUCAUCAUCUUCUGCUUCUGCUUCUGCUGUUAUUUAUUUGUUUGUUGCUAAUAAAACUUAUCCCUCUGCCAAAAUUGUUGCUUCUGUAACAUGGUGGAUGUUGCAACCAUUUCUUCUACUAAUUAAUAUGUAUUUUUAUUUUCUAUUCUUGUGUAAACCAGUUAUGUUGUUACUACUAUCAUAAUAAUAAAAGUGAUUAUGCGAUUUA